AUGGUGAAGGAGUUCCAUCCUGGUAAGAGGCAAAUCCGGCCUGUCCUAGAGAAGGAAAAGGCGAGACUCGGCCUUUCGAUUGUGGACAACAUAAUAGCGUUCGAUAUCCUUGAUCCGCGUCUCGCAGAGCAUGGCUUGACGGGUAUGCCUCAUACCGUAGCAAACAACCCGCAGGAAAUCGUUCUGGUCCUUCAUGGCGCUGCUCAUAGCUAUUGGCAUCUUAACCACGAGAUCAACGCCUUUUACAUCGACAACACCGACUUUAGCAUUGAAACAAUCUACCAAUCACCAACAAGCGGUAAAUACAAAACCUACCUCACCCUCCCCAAAAAUGGCGGCUAUCUCACCCUCGGCUACGGCUUUGGCGGGGUUGAUCCAUCCACCUAUCGCCUAGAGGAAGGCACCGAUAUUGACGUGGGGUAUCUAGUAUUCUUCAUCGCCUCGGAGAGUGUCAAUCUCUCCAAGAUUAUCCCGCAGAAGACGCCGUUCGAGGGUCCGGGACGCACGUCAGUGUCAGUGUCGCCAAUUACGGCACUUUCUUGGUGCCCAUCGUCCAGCGCCAUUAUCCUGUCCAGGGGCAGUGAAGGCUCCGAAACUUUGAAACCGGCGUUUAUCUGCUGUCGAUUUUACUGGAGAAGUUCAGAUGGAGGUCGCCAUUUUAAAGUUUACUUGCGUAGGAAUGUCUUUGAAUCAGAGAAUUUGAAAGCAAAUGUUUUGACUUUGAUGAAAUGA